CCCAUCUGCUGUAAGGGAACGAAGGCAGUUUCUCCAGAGCAACGGUUCUGAUCGGUUCAAAAGGUUCUAGAACGUUUCAACUUCGAGGUGCGGUUACCGGUCACGGCCAAAGUACUCCGAGUCAGUGUCCCAUUCACUGAGCGAAAGUGAGGCUGCAUAGGGAUUGUCAAUUGUUUAACGCAAAAAUGUGUAAAAAGUGCAUCCCCUUUAUAUUGGAAACCGCACCACCCCGAAUCCGAAGCGUCAUUUUCUCCCUGGAAACGUGGGAAAGGGUGAGCUAUGUGAGCAACGCGACGAUCAUUCUAGUGAAUCAGUGAAUAUAGUGCUAGGUGUAAAGUACUUUUAAGAAAUUACCAAAGGCAAAUUCAUACGUGUGAGACACUAGAAAUUCCAACUGGAUGAAACCUUAGUGAAGCCUGUUAGUUGGGUCCUGAGUAUGUUUAUCUGCCUCUUCAAGGAUCACUAGAGAGAUAAGUGUGAAGAGUUGCUGGCGCCGAGUCUGGUUCCCAAAGAUAGUGAAGUGGUAUACGAUUGAACGAAGUAGAACAGGUCUGAUGAUCUUAAUGUCUCAAUCGAGUGAUUGGUGAACCAAGUUGAAUUUUUGAAAAAUAUUUUUUGUCCACAAAAAAAAAUGGCUCAAAUAACAGAUCCAGCUCCUGUACACUGUUACACCAAUCCUUCCUUCUGCCAGCAGUCAGAAUACAUUCCUCUAGACCACAAUGGCGAGUUGCCACCACCCCCACAAUUCCAAGGAGACGAUCUUCCACCACCUCCGCCACCCCAACAGUUGCAACCUCAGUACGGUCAGACCAAUCCCGCCUUUCAAACACAACCGGAAGUCCCUGAUCGAUACUGCUACCUAGACCAGCCAGUUGCUCAAACUUCACACAGACGAUAUGCCAGUCUUCCAGUGGACGAUCUUCAUAUCGCUCCAACCCCAUACGGCCAAGUGUCCAGAUACGAAUACAUUCAAGAACAAGAUCGACCUGAAAACCUACAGCGCAGAGGCUCCUCCAGGUAUGAUUUCGUUCCGCACCAGCAAACCUUACGUUCCGCGCCGCCGCUCAACCAGGACGACGGGCGACUGCAGCUGCAACCACCCCACGGAAAUGCCGGAAGAUACGCCGUUGUACCGUGCAAGCAGGAGUACCAGGACAGGGACUCAUCAUGGACGGGUAACCGUGGCUCUCCAGUCCGACGAACAAUAAACACGGCACAAGGACGCUACACCAGAGUACCUCUGCAAGAAGAGGACCCACCAGCUCUACCGGACCGAAAUCUUCAAGGACUCUCAGUCUCCCCCAGGAACAAUUCAGCCACGCAGAAGCUUCACGAGAUCCUAGCCACACCCAGGAAGCCAAGAUCACGAUCAGAAGAACGUACCCUGUCCCCGAAGAGGCAGCAUUCUCUCACCCAGACUGGUACCCCACGUCGCAGAGCAUUGACACCUGGUGGAUCACCUACGGGACGUACCUUGAGUCCCACGCAACGUACCACGCCCCAAGGUACUCCACAGAACAGGGCUUUGUCCCCAAAUGGACCUCAGACCUCGACACCCAACAAGGAACCAUCCGCGAGAAGGUGUCUACCUCUCACGGACAUGUCAAGUCGUCCACAGGACCUAUGUCCCGCCAGUAAUUGCGGAAGACUUCGUUACGUAGGCACAGCACCCGUCGACCUGACGGGCCUGGGUCACAACGACCCGCCUCCUCGUUACGGCUACCUAGAUGCCGGAAACGAGGCAAUGCCAAUGGUAUCAGGGUCACCGCGAUACCAGGUUGUACCCACAGAUCAAAAAAGAUGUUACCAAAGCGUGGAAAGUGCUUUCAUCGCUAGAACAGCUGUGGUACCACCGUUAUCACCUCCUAACAGCGAUGCUAAUACUACGCUAGCUAGUGGGCUAGAAAAGAGCGAAAGGCGAAACGCACCUUUGCUUCUUGUUCUUGUCGGCAUUUUGACCUGUGGACUGGCCAUUUAUCUUUCGUGGACACAGGGUAGAAAAUAUUAUUUCGACAGUGCAACAGGAUGCGGCGCGUGUUGUGCACUUGCGGGAGCCUGCAGGACCCUCAGGAGGACCUGGACCGGCCUUGGGUUGGCAGGACUUUCAGCUUUGAGCUGCGCAGGUCUUCUGCUUCUGGCUGCGAAAUCUCCUAGACCAGGAACACCUCUUCAUGACGUCACUGCCGGUGCACUCUGUGGCGUCUCCUUAUUGGGCGCUGGACUUGCACUACUGGCUCUUCUUGCGCCCAGGUGCAACUUCGGCAGACACAGGCGCGUGCAUUCUUGGAUUCCAAGAUUUUCACCCUGAUCGGAUGCUUUUGUUUCAAUGCGAAGGAACAUUAAUGGGAAUGCGGGAGAGUCCGAGGAUACAAUUUGAACAUAUUCAUUUUUGUGUGCAAAAUAAGAUUAUAUAAUUAACGUUUGCUCAGAGUUUAAUAACCUGUAGGGACAUUGUCGUUAUUUAUACCAAACAACACGCAAUGUCCAGAAGCCGGCUUUGGGACGUCUAAUGGGACAGAUGCUGUCCUUAGGA